UUUAUUAAUGUUCUUAUUGCUUUUUCUUUUAUUAUUGUUUUUUAUUCAACCAUCUGUUUUGCUGACUAUCGUGCUCGACUAGUGCCAUAUAAAUUUGCUCCUUAUGUUUGUGAUAGUGCAAGAUUUGAUUUGAUGAAUUUGACAAUGUCUGAAUUUGCUUAUUGUGAUAAAAGUCUUCCGUAUGAAGUUAGAGCAAAAGAUUUAGUUGAUAGGAUGACAUUGCCCGAAAAAGUGAAACAAAUGGGUGAUAAUGCUACUGGGGUAUUACGAAUAGGUUUGCCUGCGUAUUUUUGGUGGUCUGAAGCUUUGCAUGGUAUUUCAGGCAUUGGUAUAGGCCCAUAUUUUAAUGAGCUUGUUCCUGGUGCAACAAGCUUUCCUACUGUUAUUCACACAACUGCAGCAUUUAAUCGAACGCUUUGGAAAAUUCUUGGAAAGGCUGUUUCAACAGAAGGGAGGGCAAUGUUCAAUUUGGGGAACACUGGAUUAACCUAUUGGAGUCCAGUGGUAAAUCCCGUAAGGGACCCCAGGUGGGGAAGGAUCACUGAGACAUCUGGAGAAGAUCCUUUUGUAUCAGGUGUUUAUGGAGCUAAUUAUGUAAGAGGUUUGCAAGAUGUUGAAGGACAAGAACAAACAAACAAUACUGGCUCUAGACCUCUUAAGGUUUCAGCAUGUUGCAAACAUUACGCUGCUUAUGAUGUUGAUAACUGGCAUGGUGUUAAUCGAAAGAGUUUUGAUGCAAAGGUCACCGAGCAAGAUAUGGUGGAAACUUUUCUUCGUCCAUUUGAAAUUUGUGUUAAAGAUGGUGAUGUAAGUAGUAUAAUGUGCUCCUAUAAUCGUGUCAAUGGCAUUCCAACUUGUGCUGAUGCCGCUCUUUUGAAAGAAACAAUCAGAAAAAAGUGGAAAUUUAACGGAUAUAUAGUUGCAGAUUGUGAUUCCGUUCUGGAGAUGGUUAGAGGUCACCAUUUUCUCAAUGAUACAGCGGAAGAUGCCGUGGCACAGGCACUAAAAGCAGGCUUAGAUCUGGAUUGUGGAGCCUAUUACCCUAAUCAUCUUGAAAGUUCCGUCAGGCAAGGAAAAGUUAGGGAGGAAGAAAUUGAUACAUCUUUAAAGAACCUCUAUGUGGUACUAAUGAGGCUUGGCUUCUUUGAUGGAAGUUUUCUGACACUUGGAAAAAGGGAUAUAUGUUCCCAAGAACACAUCGAAUUGGCAGCAGAAGCAGCUAGGCAAGGAGCCGUACUUCUCAAGAAUGAUGCAACUUUGCCAUUGAACACUGAUGCAGUUAAGACCCUGGCAGUAAUCGGGCCAAAUGCUAAUGCUACGGGAGCGAUGCUCGGAAAUUAUGCUGGUGUCCCUUGCCGAUAUGUUUCUCCACUUAGUGCCUUGUCUGCCUUUGGAGAAGUGAUAUACGAAAUGGGUUGUGAAGGAGUCAAAUGCCCGAAUGAUAAGUUAAUUUCAAAAGCGCAGGAAGCAGCUAAACGAGCAGAUGCAACUAUACUUGUGAUGGGUACAGAUUUAUCAAUUGAGCAUGAGGACAGGGAUAGAGAGGAUCUCCUUCUUCCUAGUUAUCAAAAAGAGUUGAUCAUCAAAGUUGCCGAAGCCUCCAAUGGACCAGUAGUUCUUGUAAUCAUGUCUGCAGGUGGGGUUGAUAUCUCAUUUGCUAAGAAUAAUACUAAAAUCAAAGGAAUCUUGUGGUUUGGACAUCCUGGUCAGGAAGGUGGCCGUGGCAUUGCAGAUGUUGUUUUCGGAAAAUACAAUCCUGGUGGAAGACUACCCAUUACAUGGUAUGAAAAUGAUUAUGUGAGUAAGAUGCCCAUGACAUCCAUGCAAUUACGUCCAGUUGAUAGCUUAGGUUAUCCAGGAAGAACAUACAAAUUCUUCAAUGGGUCAACGGUAUAUCCUUUUGGAUUUGGACUAAGCUACACAAGCUUUAGCUAUAAGUUGGCAUCCACAAAUAUAUCUCUCCCUGUCAAACUGAACAGGCUCCAACACUGUCGCAACGUGGAGUACACAGACAAAUCGUUGGAGCAAUCGUCAUGUCCUGCUGUUUUGGUUGAUGAUUUAACAUGUGAAAAUGAAAUAGUGUUUGAGGUUGAAGUGCAGAAUGUGGGAGACAAAGAUGGCAAUGAAGUUGUAAUGGUAUACUCAAAGCCUCCGGAGGGAAUUGUUAGAAGUCAUAUUAAACAAGUAGUUGGAUUUGAAAGAGUUUUUGUUGCUGCAAAACAGAGCCAGAAGGUUAAGUUUGCGCUUAAUGCUUGCGACAGCUUGAGAAUUGUGGACGACAAGGGUUACAUACUUUUGCCAUCUGGGUUGCACAAAAUUAUAUUGGGAACCGAAUCAAUUGAUGUAAAUGUCAGCUAUGUUAGGUAGAUAAAUAGCCAAAUUAUUCUUUUGUUAAACUAAAUUUAGGUCCAUGUUAAUUUUUUUUGAAUAAAUAAAUUCGGUCAAUCGUUGAAGGCAUAAUUUUUCUUACUUUUUGUAUCUAGUUAUGCAACUACAAUAUUUAGACAGCAAUUAACCAACUAAUAUUCCCAAAACUCGUUUAUAUUUAAUAAAGUGGUUCUAUUUGGAUUCUGUGAAAUGUGUCAAACUUGAUGAUAUGUAACAACAUUAAAAGAGACAGGCUUAGAAAUCAAGGAAAAUGAAGUUGAUGAAUUGAGAUCAGAACACUAGUGUUAAUUAAGCUGCAACAUCAAAUUUGAUCUAAACCUCAAUGAAGAUUAAUGAGAUGAUUUUUUUCAUGGAACAACUUAUUUUCUUAUGCUCAAAUUUGAUGUCCAAAAAUAUUUAUCAAAAUAUCA